AAAAGCAAAACUUGCAGUUCAGCUUUUUCUUCUGCUUCACCCUGAACACAUCAAGCCAUGGAUGAUUUAGUUAGCAGCUCGUCUUUCAAGAGUGACCUCAGCUGCAGUGAAGCGGAGGCUCAACCAGAGGAAAGUUCUUGGACCGGUUACUUUGUUGAUUUCAUGAUGUCCGAGGAGGAGAAGAAGAGGCAAGAAGCUUCAUAUUGCACUUAUGAUCAGGGGGAGGAGGUGGUGGACGAGGAGGAGAGCUCUAUGAUCUCCGACGCCGCCUCCCUCGCUCCCGCGGCGUUCACGGACAGGUACAAGGGGCUGAAGAAGCUCAAGAAGAAAGUCUUCAAGGCACUGGAUCAUGAUGAUUCCUUGGAGGACACUGCAAGCUCUCCUGUAAAUAGCCCUAAGGUCAGUGCUUUGUCACAGCUGGAAUUCAGCCCUAAAAGGAGGUGCAAUGUUAGGGACCUCGCCAAGGGGGUUGGGAUUGGAUAUGAUCACGGAAGAGAGGGGAUGGAUUAUGAAGAUGCAGGUGAAAUGAUGAAAGGAGUGAGAUUUCUUGAUCAGAGCCAGAAGGGUAUAGCUCCAUGUGCAGAGCUCAAGGACAAGGGGCUUUGUUUGGUUCCAUUGUCCAUGUUGCUGAAUUACCAGGGUUAACUAAUUCGAGACUUAUAAGGCCGUGUGUUUGGAACGCAACAUUUUCCGAAUCUCGUCUGAAUUGGGAUACUGCUUCCUGUAAUUCCUUCGAAGUUUCUGUGAAACUUCUGCGUUCCAAAAUUUUAGUUGAGCAUGUGUGUGAUUUACACUGUACAGACAUGCAUGCAUUGUCUGUGGGAUAAUUGACCAAGAACAUACAGUGUGGUGAUAGAUACUGUGGAUAUUUUAUUUCACAAAAUAUAAUAUAUGUGAAUACUAUCA